AUGGCCAAUCUAUAUCAGUUUUGGGCGAGCCUUGUACCUGAUGCAACUAAUCCCAAUAUCAUUUUAACUCACCCGACUCUUUCUAGUGCUACUGUGGCAAACUUAAUGGGUAUGGAUAGUUCUAGUUGGGACGAGGAGAUUAUUAUGGAUCUAUAUGAGGAAAGAGACCGACGGUUGAUUAAAAGUAUCCCUUUGCAAGCUUCAACAGCCUCGAAUCAACUGUUUUGGAUAAAGGAGGUGUUAGCUUUGGAGCCUGAAGGUGCCACCGAAUUAGCUAACUUGCUAUGGCGUGCUUACUCCGAGUGCCUCCUCACGUUGUUACAGCUUCGUGUUAAGAGAGUGGUGGUUUGUACCUUGUGCUCGUUAUGCCGUGAAUCAGAGGAAACAACCCUGCAUUUCUUGGUCACCUUAAGUUUAGAGAAGAAAGGUAUUGUCAUUGCUGUUUACUGGGCUAUAUGGGGAGCCCAAAAUUAUCUCUUUUGGAAAAAUAAUGAAUUUAACCCAGGUGACGCUGUUGUGUUUGCUAAUUUUUAUCUUGAUCAAUGGAAGAAUGCUACAAAAUCUAACAUGGAUGCAUCAUGGUCUAAAUAUCAGACAGGUGAUGGGAGAGAGCAUUGGACACCACCAAAUGUCAAUAGUAUUAAGAUUAACAUGGAUGCAACAUUGUUCAAGGGCAGUCGUAGUUAUGGCAUUGGUCUUGUGGCUAGAGAUUAUAAUGUAAUGCUUAUUGAGGGUAGAAAUUCCUUUUCCCAUAGCAUGGUUGAACCAUCUCUUGCUGAAGCUAUAGGCAUGAAAGAGGCUCUCAGCUGGAUCAAAAAAAGGCAAUGGCAGAAUGACUGUAAAUCUUUGUUUAAUACUAUUGGUACUGUGUCUUUCUCUUUUGUUAAACAAUCUGUUAAUGUAGUGGCCCAUAACUUUGCUAAGGCUGCUAUUUUAUUUCCUAAUCGUCAUUUUAGUUUGGAGGAUGUUCCAACUGAUUUGCUACCUUGUUUGGUGGUUGAUGUAAUUAGUUAA